AACUUCACUGGGCUAGGGGAGCCGGACUCGGUUCGCUGUGACACCCGGAAGCAGCUAUUGUUGAAGGGGUGUGCGGCUGACGACAUCAUGGACCCCAGGAGCCUGGCUGAGACCCAGGAGGACAAGAAGGACAGCCAGCAGCAGCUGUCCCCACAGAAAGUGACGCUCUACCUGAGACCAGGUCAGGCGGCUGCCUUCAACGUGACCUUCCGGCGGGCCAAGGGUUACCCCAUCGACCUGUACUACCUGAUGGACCUCUCCUACUCCAUGCUGGACGACCUCAUCAACGUCAAGAAGCUGGGCGGUGACCUGCUCCGGGCCCUCAAUGAAAUCACCGAGUCCGGCCGCAUCGGCUUCGGGUCCUUCGUGGACAAGACGGUGCUCCCCUUCGUCAACACGCACCCCGAGAAGCUGAAGAACCCAUGCCCCAACAAGGAGAAGGAGUGCCAGCCCCCGUUCGCCUUCAGACACGUGCUGAAGCUCACCAACAACUCCAACCAGUUCCAGACAGAGGUCGGGAAGCAGCUGAUUUCCGGAAACCUGGAUGCCCCCGAGGGCGGGCUGGACGCCAUGAUGCAGGUCGCCGCGUGCCUGGAGGAAAUCGGCUGGCGCAACGUCACUCGGCUGCUGGUGUUUGCCACGGACGACGGCUUCCACUUCGCGGGUGACGGGAAGCUGGGUGCCAUCCUGACCCCCAAUGACGGCCGCUGCCACCUGGAGGGCAACCUAUACAAGCGCAGCAAUGAAUUC